AUGAGUCAGAGGAAAUUCAAAGGCUAUUUUGUGCAGAGGGAGGUUCUGGAUGAGAUACGUCUGGAUGAAGUGGCACAAAAAGGGACGUGGUCCGUUAAACCACGUCUGGGUGAACGGGUGAAAGAGUCCCUGAGGUGCUCAGGGCCAAGGCUGAAGCACAUCCUUUUGAGCUGGAUUCCUGUUCUUGGCUGGCUACCUCGCUACUCUUUCAGAGAAAAUGCCGUAGGGGACCUGAUAUCUGGCUGCAGUGUGGGCAUCAUGCAUCUGCCUCAGGGCAUGGCCUAUGCUCUUCUGGCCUCCUUACGUCCAGUGUUUGGUCUUUACACCUCUCUCUACCCAGUGCUGGUCUACUUCAUCUUUGGUACUUCCAGACACAUCUCCAUAGGCACGUUUGCGGUGAUCAGCAUCAUGAUUGGGAGUGUGACAGAAAGGCUGGCACCGGACAGCAACUUUAUUGUAAAUGGGACGAAUGGGACAGAAACUGUGAACCUCGACGAAAGGGACGCAUACAGAGUCCAGAUAGCGUGCUCGCUCACAGUCUUGGCAGGAAUCUUUCAGAUCCUGCUGGGUGUGGUGAGGUUUGGUUUCGUGGUCACCUACCUGUCUGAACCGCUUGUUCGCGGCUACACUACGGGGUCAGCAUGCCAUGUGUGUGUCUCCCAGCUGAAGUAUCUGUUUGGAGUCUCACCAGCUCGAUUCGCUGGUCCCCUCUCGCUCAUUUAUACUCUGGUGGAUCUUUGCAAACUGCUGCCUCAGACAAAGGUUCCAGAGUUGGUGGUCAGCCUGGUGGCGCUCAGCGUUCUUAUUGUGGUCAAAGAAGUCAAUGCGUGCUACAGACAAAAGCUACCUCUGCCUGUCCCCAUAGAGCUCAUAGUUAUCAUAGCCGCUACAAUCAUUACGCACUUCUGCGGUCUUACUGACAAAUACUAUAUUGAUGUGGUUGGAGAAAUUCCCAGUGGACUCAAGGCUCCUCGUGCUCCAGAUGCCACUUUGUUCUCCAAAGUUUUAGGUGAUGCUUUUGCCGUGGCCAUCGUGGGCUACGCCAUCAACAUCUCCCUUGGCAAAACAUUUGCCCUCAAACAUGGCUACAAGGUGGAUAGCAACCAGGAGCUGGUUGCCUUGGGACUCAGCAACACUGUCGGUGGCUUUUUCCAGUGCUACUCUGUGACUUCCUCCUUGUCUCGGAGUCUUGUCCAGGAGAGCACAGGGGGCAAGACACAAGUCGCAGGACUGAUUUCCUCUAUCAUCGUGCUGAUCGCAGUUUUGAAAAUAGGUUCUCUCUUUGAAGAUCUCCCCAAGGCCGUCUUAUCCACAAUAGUGUUUGUGAAUUUGAAAGGAAUGUUUAAGCAGUUCAUGGACGUGCCUUCGCUGUGGAAGACCAACAAGGUUGAUUUGCUCGUGUGGCUGGUGACAUUCACAAGCACCAUUCUGCUCAACCUGGACCUGGGCCUGGCUGUCUCCAUUGGCUUUUCCAUGCUCACCGUCAUCUUCAGAACACAACUACCCCACUACUCUAUCUUGGGCAACGUGCCAGGCACUGACCUGUAUCUGGACACAGAGAAGUACAAGGAGGCUAAAGAGAUUCCAGGAAUUAAAAUCUUCCGUUCAUCUACAACUAUCUACUACACAAACGCUGAGAUGUACUUGGAGGUCCUGCAAGAGAAGAGUGGAAUUGAAAUCGGGAAGCUGCUAACCGCCAAGAAGAAACAGCAGGCAAAGCAGAAGCGUAAGCAAGAGAAAGAGAAAAAGAAAGCCAAAAAGGAGGAAAAGAAACAAAAAAAAGCUGUCAAACAUUUGGCCAACGGCACAUUCUCUUUGAAGGAGUCAGAGAUCAGCAAGAGGAAAGUCUCUGAAGAAACAAAUGGGCAGCGUCAAGGCAACGGUGUCGCCUUAACUCUGAAAGAAACAACUGCAAACGGCCUUGGUAACGGCCAAGUAAACUGGGCUUACCAACCUGACACAACCAUGUCAGAGUCAGACUCAGACUCAGACACAGGUUGCCAUGGUGAUGAAAGCAUCACCCAGGUUUCGCAUCACAGUGACGAGGGGAAAGGAAGGGCCUGCGGGUCAGGCACCCACAGCAUCAUCUUGGACAUUUCCACAACCAGCUUUGUGGACUCAGUCACUGUGAAGACCCUGAAAAAUAUUUUCAGGGACUUUGGAGAGGUUGAUCUAGAAAUCUACCUCGCCGGCUGCCAAGCCUGUGUUGUGGAACAGCUGGAAACGGCAGGUUUCUUCUCGGAGUCCAUCCCAAAGAGCAGGCUGUUCGUCACCGUUCAUGAUGCAGUGCUGCAUAUUCUCAAUAAACUGGGGCAGAAAGACUUCAUGCUUGAUAUGUCCUGCAACACCCAGAUGUGACCAGCAGGUGUCAGAUUGUUCCAACUCCAUCCAGUCAUCUUCCUCCUCCUCCUCCUCUUCUUAGGCGCCCUAUUCCAUUGCUCACUAUUGGUCACCAGUGUCUCCUCCCCUUUCAGUGGGGGAGAAUGCACCACCUUGACAUGGCGGCUGGUUGCCAUGGAAAUACAGGGAGCCGUUACUGUGGCAACAGGCUUUUUAUGAUAUUGUCUAAUGAGAUGGCCAGCAAUACGUCAUUGCAGCUCUCUCGCUGUGCGGUGUGUGUUAGAGACAGCGAAGGGGCGGGGGCUGAGUGGGAGAAUGUAACACUGGACUAAUAGGAGUCUGUAUUUAUAGCCUGUGUGAGAGUGGAGAGUGACUGAAAGGUUGACUGUAAAGAGAAACUCAUGUGCAAGAGGUGUUUGUUGUGAACACACAGGCCAUGAUGUGUGUGCAUGCGUCUGACCGUCAGUCCAUAUUCCACAAGAGGAGGAAAGCCAGGUGUCUCCAACCGAUCAACAACAUGUAAAUAUUCUUCACCGAUGUUGACGUAUCCAUCCCUUUUGGAGGGGAUUCUUAAUUCUAGUAUCAGCCCUCAUUUGCUCCAGCAGGGAAGAGCUGAAUGGUGGAUAUAGUGUAUACGUGUUACAUUUUGAAACAGCAGGAGCUUUAAAAAACAAACAAAAAAAGCAAGACGUGUGUGUAUUUAUAGUUUGCAUUCACAUGUCUGAUUCCUCCAUUCUAUUUUUAGGAUCCAAUGUCAUCUGCUGUUGCAACUAUAGAGGCUAAACAACGUGUAGUAGUAUGUGAUGAUUUCCAUGGACUGAACUGGAUAGUCCAAAGAUAAACGCUCCCAGACAUUUUAUUUUAACCACCUGAUUGCUUUUUUUAACUUUCAAAAAUGUACUGUAUGCUUGAAAUGUAUGUGAAAGCACAGGGGGCUUAGAAGGGCUUAGAAGUCUGGGAGGUGCAUUUACCGGGUUUGCAAAAGUUCUGUUACACUCGGUUUGAUGAUCUUUAGAGACGUUUACAU